CCCACUCUCACCCCUCCCUCUCUCCUGCACGGCGGACGCCAGACUUUGUGACGUCACCGAUAAACGGAACGUUCCACCGGGACCCGCUUGCAGUGUCUGGUGACCCGAGCUCAGGUGGGUUGAUAAAUGAGAGAAGAUGAGCCACCUCAGGUCUCUUGCGGUUAAACUGAAGCCAUGUGGCUUUGGUUUGCUGGUGAGGUCAACUGUUAACGCCAAGACAUUGCCACCAAGAUGUUGUGUUUAUUCUUCUGGAGCCAAAGAGCCGUUUUUAAGUGGAACCAACUCAAGUUAUGUAGAAGAAAUGUAUUACGCAUGGUUGGAGAACCCGAAGAGUGUUCACCAGUCAUGGGAUGCCUUUUUCCGCAAAGCAGAUCCUGGAGCUAUUGGUGAAGCCAAUCCUGUCCAAAAUGUCGAUUUACAGAACAGAGCUUCGAUUAUUCGCAGUCAUGGCCUUGCUAUGGCAACAGCCAAAGCAGAGAAGCUAGUGGAGGACCAUUUGGCAGUGCAGUCCUUAAUUAGAGCCUACCAGAUCCGUGGACAUCAUGUGGCUCAGCUGGACCCUCUAGGAAUUCUGGAUGCCGAUUUGGACUCUUUUGUUCCAUCGGAUCUCAUCACCACAAUUGAUAAACUUGGUUUUUAUGGACUGCAUGAGGGAGAUUUAGAUAAAGUAUUCAGACUGCCGACAACUACCUACAUUGGGGGUAAUGAAACUUCCCUGUCUCUGCGAGAGAUCAUUAGGAGAUUGGAGAAUUCAUAUUGUCAACAUAUUGGGCUAGAAUUCAUGUUCAUCAAUGAUGUGGAGCAGUCCCAGUGGAUUAGACAAAGAUUUGAGACUCCUGGUAUCAUGAGGUUCACCAAUGAAGAAAAAAGAACAUUGUUGGCAAGAUUAGUGCGCUCUACAAGGUUUGAGGAUUUUCUAGCUCGCAAGUGGUCAUCAGAGAAGAGAUUUGGUCUGGAAGGCUGUGAAGUCAUGAUCCCUGCUUUAAAAAUGCUAAUUGAUGCGUCCAGUGAGAUGGGGCUGGAGUAUGUCAUCCUGGGAAUGCCUCAUAGAGGAAGAUUAAAUGUCUUGGCAAAUGUGAUCCGUAAAGAUUUGGAGCAGAUUUUUUGCCAGUUUGACCCUAAGUUGGAGGCCUCGGAUGAGGGUUCUGGAGAUGUAAAGUACCACUUGGGGAUGUACCAUGAACGCAUUAAUCGGGCCACCAACAAAAAGCUAACCCUGUCUUUGGUUGCAAACCCUUCACAUCUGGAAGCAGUAGAUCCUGUAGCUCAGGGGAAGACCAAAGCAGAGCAAUUUUAUAGAGGAGACAACGAAGGAAAAAAGGUGAUGUCCAUUUUAGUUCAUGGUGAUGCAGCCUUUGCUGGACAAGGUGUUGUUUAUGAGACCUUUCAUCUCAGUGAUCUUCCAUCUUACACUACAAAUGGAACCAUUCACGUUGUUGUGAACAACCAGAUUGGUUUCACCACAGACCCUCGCAUGGCUCGCUCUUCCCCAUAUCCCACGGAUGUGGCUCGCGUGGUUAAUGCCCCCAUAUUUCAUGUGAAUGCAGAUGAUCCAGAAGCAGUAAUGUAUGUGUGCAGUGUAGCUGCAGAAUGGAGAAACACCUUUCAUAAGGAUGUUGUUAUAGACCUGGUCUGCUACCGUCGCAGUGGGCAUAAUGAAAUGGAUGAACCCAUGUUCACCCAGCCAUUGAUGUAUAAACAGAUCCAUAAACAGGUCCCGGUGUUGAAGAAGUAUGCAGACAAGCUGAUCUCUGAGGGCAUUGUUUCCCUGCAAGCGUUUGAGGAAGAGAUUGCCAAGUAUGACAAGAUUUGCGAGGAGGCGUAUACACAGUCUAAGGACAAGAAAAUCCUUAACAUAAAGCAUUGGUUGGACUCUCCAUGGCCUGGAUUUUUUACAUUAGAGGGAGAACCAAAAAGCAUGACCUGCCCCCCAACGGGUAUCACCGAGGAUAUGCUUUCUCAUAUUGGCAAUGUUGCCAGCUCUGUCCCAGUGGAGAAUUUUAAAAUCCAUGGAGGUCUCUCCAGGAUCUUGAAAAGUAGAUUGGAAAUGACACAGAAUCGGCUGGUAGACUGGGCAUUGGCUGAGUACAUGGCAUUUGGGUCAUUGUUGAAAGAAGGGAUACAUGUCAGGCUGAGCGGCCAGGAUGUUGAAAGGGGAACAUUUAGCCAUCGCCAUCACGUUUUGCAUGAUCAGGAUGUAGACCGCCGGACAUGUGUCCCAAUGAAUCACCUGUGGCCAGACCAAGCUCCAUACACUGUGUGUAACAGCUCCCUGUCUGAAUAUGGAGUCCUGGGCUUUGAGCUUGGUUUUGCCAUGGCGAGUCCUAAUGCCUUGGUUUUGUGGGAAGCUCAGUUUGGCGAUUUUCAUAAUACAGCACAAUGCAUAAUUGACCAGUUUAUCAGCUCAGGACAAGCAAAGUGGGUACGGCACAAUGGAAUCGUUUUGCUCCUACCGCAUGGUAUGGAAGGAAUGGGACCUGAGCAUUCUUCAGCCAGACCUGAAAGGUUCCUGCAGAUGAGCAAUGAUGACUGCGAUGCUUAUCCUGUAUUUACUCCAGACUAUGAAGUUACACAACUGUAUGACUGCAACUGGAUCGUAGUCAACUGUUCAACGCCUGCUAAUUACUUUCAUGUCCUCAGGCGGCAAAUUUUAUUGCCCUUCCGCAAACCGCUCAUUAUUUUUACCCCCAAAUCAUUGUUGAGGCAUCCUGAAGCCAAAUCUAGCUUUGAAGAAAUGAAAACAGGUACAGUCUUCCAGCGUGUGAUUCCUGAGAGUGGAGCAGCUUGUCACAAUCCUCAGGAUGUGAGACGGGUCAUUUUCUGCACUGGGAAGGUUUAUUAUGAGCUUGUCAAGGAGAAACAUCAAAAACAGCUAGAAAGCCAAGUAGCAAUCAUACGGCUGGAGCAGAUAUCACCAUUCCCAUUUGACUUGGUUAAAGAAGAGGUUGAGAAAUAUUGCAAUGCAGAAAUGGUAUGGUGCCAGGAAGAACAUAAAAAUAUGGGCUACUAUGACUACAUCAAGCCACGUUUCCUCACCAUUCUGAACCAUGCAAGACCAAUUUGGUAUGCUGGUCGGGAGCCCGCAGCAGCUACAGCUACUGGCAACAAAAACACUCACCUUGUGGAACUGAGGAGGUUUUUGGAGACUGCUUUCAAUCUGCGCUCCUUUGAAGGAAAGACUUUUUGAUGGUAUAUAUAGAGAAACAAAAAUCCACUACCACUAUAACAUAGCUUUGUAUUAAUAAUUAUACUGAAUACCUCUAAAUAAAUCUGUAUU